GCCGACCCAGAUUCGGCCGUCAGCUUCCCUUCCGUUUCCGAAAAAGAAGCUGCGCAGGAGAAGAAUGGCACAAGAUUGCUUUCUAUAAAAUGGUCAAAACAGCCUGCCUGUCGCAACAACAGUGUGUGUUGUGAAGUUGCUCUUUCAGUCCCGGGAGUGUGUGCCGUAAAUGAAGGAGCCUUUAAGGAUGGAAGCCGCGCUGGAUGACCAGACUGCUGUCGGUUAUUUAGCGGGGACUGAAGGAGCUGAGCAGGAGCUGGAAGCCUCUGACGCAGCUGUCAGCUUCCUGUCCAGCAUUGAGCCUGCAGAGCUGCAGAAGUGUGUGUUUGCAGACUCGCUAGUGACUGUGUCAGAGGGGGGCAGAGACCUGGGGGAGUUCAAUGCUGCGGUGGAGUUCGCCCACAGAGGGCAGCCAUGUAUGAUGCUGCAUGCUCAGAGCCAAGGAGCCAUUGAUGACUGUCCCUGUGGGACAACAGUGACAGUCUACCUAACUACUGACCUGGAGGUGCUAGAGGAAGAUCACCAUGAGUAUGUCAAACUCAAGGGCCACAGUGUGGAUAAGAGGUGUCACAUGGUGCAGCGUGAGGGGCAGAUGGUGAUCCGUAAGGUUACGACUGUGGGAGAGGAGGUGACAGAGGAGAGCAUUUCCUAUCCCAUGUCUGUCCUGAGAGGGCUGGUAACUGAGGGCUCCAGCCUGCUGCUGAUGCGCCUGAUGGCUCUGAGGAAGAAGGUGCCAGAAAACAUGACCUUUGUCUCCUUAGACCAAGGAUUACACAUCAUCCACACCUCCUUUAGAGAGCUGGAUCAGAAGCAGCUGGAGGUCGGGGCUGAGCUCCUGGAGGUUUUUGGGGUGGAGAGGAUUAUUCACUCCGUAGAAGGCAGCCCCAGUACCUGGCAGUGCUACUACCUGGAUGAUGGGCAUCUGGCCAGCAGAGUUCAGGUGGGGUCACCUGUCACCAUGAGGCUUCUAGAGCUGCCAUCAAAGACAGAAAAGGUAGAUUUCAAGAAGAUCCCUCUUGUGUGGGAGGAAGACAUGCAGAUGCGCUCUAAGUUCCUGGACAGAAAGGAAGAGCUAAAGGCGGACCACUCCUCAUAUCUGAGAAAGCACCCAGAGAUUCGAGCACUAGUAUCUGACUUCCUGCAGUUGCUGUUGUUGAGGAAACCAGACGAUGUCUUCCUGUUUACCAGACAGUACUUCACCUCUUUUGUCUCUCGCUGUCCUCCUGAACCAAACCCGGAGGCCCAGUCGCUGUAGUCACAACUGUCUCCUUAUAAGUUUUAUGGUUUUAGUUUAUUCAUGAGUGUAUCUUACACUGACAUUUAGAAAGUGCUUUUGUUUUUUAUUGUGAGUGAUUAGUGGAGAGGAACAGAAACUUUGUGAGCUUUCCACUGAGAGAACUAAAUA